UGGAUCUGGGGAAACAACUCAUCUACUUUGUUUUACUGGCCGAAGUCUGUGCAUUUUUGCCGAUUGCAGAGUCAAGAAGUGUUAGAAAUGUGAAGGUGAGUUAAUUGAACUUUACAAUUGUUAUUUUGCCAAACUUGGCAUAAGGAGCUGUGAUUGUACACACGGUACAAGUACCUUGACAAAGUUUGUCACGAAGUUUUUUCCAUCUUUCCUAUAUUAAUGGAGUGAAAGGAAAUCAACUAAUUUUUUUACCCUGUUUGACCUCGUCCUUUCUCGCAGAAAGAGAAUAACUGUAAAAGGAUAUUAAUGUAAGCGCUGGUCCUACGCAAUUCAAUGGGCAAAUGAGCAACAAGCUCAGAUUUAACCCCAAACGAUAAUGAAGAGCAAACGUUUCAGUUCCAUGAAAUGAAACUAUUAGCCCUAUUACACCAAAAAGACAUGCAAAUUUCGCGAUUUCGUCUACCAUCAUUAAUGAAAAAGGCAAGCAAAAAACUCAGUUGAACUCUAGUAAAUUCCUGGGGGGCCGACAAAAGACGAAACAAAAUGGUAACUAGGCGUAGAACAGUAUUAUCCGGAUGAACGAGGAUUACUUCCAAAUAUCUUUCUCGGCUUCCUUUACGAAGACGUCUGGCGAAGUUUUGUGAAAACCUUUGUAAAGCGAACGAAGUUGUCCGAGGAGUUUCGGACAGUGACUCCGGCUGUCCAAAUAAACCGGAAGACUUGUGUUACAUGGACAAUUUUCUUAUUUGAACCGUCUCUCGUUGAAAGUAUAUUCUUUUAAAUUUUCCGUGAAAUUUUAACUUUGAAAAAGAGAAAAAAGAAGAAACGUUUUCAGUUUUGCUGGGAUUAAAUUUAACUUAACCACAUAUAACACCGAGCUGUUGUUGUUGUUGUUUUUUUUUGUGUGGAAGGGGAUGUAUUUCUUAGCUUACAUUAUAGCAACUGGGAGCGCUUUCUUGUGGAAUUCUUCUUCACUCAUUCGAGUCUUCGGUUCUCUCGCCUUUCGAUGUCCCAGUAUUCUAAACUGAAGUCAAAUGACGCUCGUCCAAGAAGACGUGCUAAGUGGUAACAUGUUCUUGCGGUUGCUUUCUACAAGCAUUUAAAACAACGAUUGAAAUUUAAUUCCUUGUCAAAUUCCCCGAUAGAAGAAUUAAAUAUUGAUCGAUAGGAAGUUCUGUUUUUAGCAGUAAGAACUCGCUCGUGCCAUAAAGAUGCAGCUCUUGCGAUAACAUUGCUGUAAGCACUCGUACAUGAUUGCAACGUGAAACGUAACUGAUCAAAUUUACAGUGGUUGCUUUUGACGAAAUUGAAAUUCGGGUAUCGACGAAAGACAUGAAGUUCUGCUCCCGGCUAUUUAAAACCCGACAAGUCAACACUUCAUUUAGCUAUUGAUAUGACUAGUUAGGGAUUUCAAGAUGUUAUCUAGUUGCCAUCGCGUGCGAAGUUGAGACAUUAGCGAGAGGAAAUCAGAUUAGAGACAAACUGAAAGUCGUUCCAAGUGUUUUUCAAGUAACUUUUGUCGAGUUGCAAAAUGGAGGAUGAACGACAGAGAUUGUUUCAUGAGUACCGUGAUAGUCUCUUACACAAAUGAAUGAUACUCUCUGCACGACGUUUGCGAAUAUUUUUCGCGGGAAAUCCGCGGGAAUUUCGAACAGUUCAACUGGAUGAAUCACCCCAUCCCUCUGGCUCUCUGAAACAUCUGUUUUUCUUUUAAAGAAAGAUUCUAGAUUUUUCUACCUUGUUAUACCAAAUAGGUGACCUACUUACAGCUGUGAUUGGAAAGGAAAACUAAUAGUAAAUAAUAAACUGCUUUUUGUAGCAAAGAAAAAAAAUACAUCCUUCACGGAAAUUUCUAAUAGAGACCAUAUGCAAAAGUCGAUAGCAAUUAAACUAAAUGUUUCAUAUCAUUUCAAGAUUACUCCAAGAAAUCUAAUUACUUUAAAGAAAAUCUUAAGCUCAUCAAGUUGUUCAGUGAAGACCAAGGCCGCUGGCAUGCUUGCUAAACGCUUACAGAUGUUCUAGAUAUUCGUGUCAGCCUCACCAGGGCCAACAUCAAACAUGAGGAAUGCUAAGGUGAUAUAUAUAUCCUUGAGUUUGUUUAAGGAGUGCUUUCUUAGUAUCCUUCUUUCCGUCUUCGUUCCUGACACCUGGUUCCAGGUAUUCAGGCGAUGGAUGAAGUCCUUCAAGUUGCUAAUAUUAAUUGUAAAUGUGUGCGCGGGUUAUCUGAUCGCUUCGCCUUAGUUUUAAGAGUUCCUCAUUGUCACCAAGUCGUGUCAAAAGAUGCCAGUUUAAACAAAAACUUUCAGUUUUGCGUUUUUACACGAGGACUUAUUGCCCUCAAUGUCGGUUCCAAAAGAAUCAGAUCUAAAAAGGAAAUAUAGAAGAAACUUUGCUUCUAAAUAAUGUGAACUUUCCGAAAGAAAUAGAAAUCUUGCCUCGCAACUAUCUCAGCCUGCUUUCUCCCUUUCGCUCGGCUACAUGGCACCUUUCGUUAAGCAGGCCACAAAGAGCUUUUUAGUGAAACCUCAGUUUUUUUCCAACUGAAAAAUACGAUUUGGAACUAACUUAGAUAAGUCAAAGUGUGUGGUUUUGAAAGGUUGGCAAUUUUCUUUAUCUCUUACUAAAGAAACGAAAUUGGCAAAUAUAACGACAAUGUGGCUGGUCGAUGAAAAAGACACUUGUUUUUGGACGACAAUAAUACGCCUCAACAUUCAUUUGCAUUUUGGCUGUUAUUUGUAUGGUCUUUUUCUAAGAUAGCUCAAGUUUAUGAACCGGAUACGUUUUAAGAGCUUUCCGGUUUUAAUAUUCAAUCCCCUGAUUUUCCAUUACCGAUGAAAAAAUACGAGCUCUGAAAAAACACACAUGGUUAGAAAAGUCAACAAUAUGCAUGGCGGAAAAUAGCCUUGAAAUACCGACAUUGGCGACUUGCCAUGCAGUCUGUUUUAGUACGUAUUUUACCAUUGUUCAGAAACAGAUGGUAUGACAACAUAUUACGUCAUAAAUUGGAAGGUCUCUAUCAUAACCCGGCGAAAAAAGUUCUAGAACUUCUCUAUACGUACAUGUCCAUUUAAGUCCGGUCUGAUGCCCUGAGCACUCUUCAGCACUUGAAGAAUUCUCGAGAUUUUCAUAGUAAUUAUAGGGAAAACAUUUGGCUUAUUUUUCGCAAAUGUUGUUUCCUUGAUUCAUUACCCGAUCACCGUAGUUGAAGAAGCCAGAAGCCGGGAUCGGGAGAAGUGCCAUCCUCCCUUCCCCCUCCCCUCUCCUUGUUUGGCUCCUUGACAGAUGCUACAUGACUCACUGUGCCAGUACCCAAGCACGCAAGGGUGGAGAGAAUGAACGUUAUAUCAACAUUGAGUUUUGACGCAAGCGCCAUAAGCGUGUUAUACCUAAAGAGCAUUGAUUACCUUAACAUACCGUCGGGUUCCUUGGGAUAAUUACCCGGGUGGGGGGAGGGGGGUAUUGAGGAGAAAGAAGACUUUAGCAAGAAUACCAAACCCUUCCACCUGUUUACAUAACAAAGACCUCCAUAAUCACCAUCAUCCCGCGUUCGUGCAGAUUUUUGAAAAGAAGAGAGCCUCUCGGCAAGUGCUGAACACGCCUUUGUUACUCGCUAUUGGUCAAUUCGGUUUUCAAAUAAGGAAUCCUAGCCUGCGUAGCAAGCGUUUCUGUGCAGUUUUGGGAGCAAAGAACGGCGAACGAGAGUCAAAGACCAAGCGAAAAAUGGAUCUCGUUCCAUUUUUUGCGCAGCCAAAACGAAAAUCUCGUUCCUCUUCGGUUUUUUAUCUUCUUUGCCCCGAAACCACAUGGAAAACCGGCUACGCAGGCUAAAGGAAUGCGGAUUCUAGGUACUGGAUUCCCGAUCUUGUCAGUGGAACGUUGGAUUCCGGACUCCUACAGCUGUAUUCCUCAUUCCAAAGCCCAGGAUUCUGGAGUCCACAAGCAAAAAUUUCCCAGAUUCCGGAAUCCAUAUUCCCUUAAAUGGGGUGAGCCUUCGUUUCCUUUGUUGCGCGUUGUCUUUGCUUCAUCUGCCUAUUGACGUAUAUUUUUAACUUGUUUUAGCGCCAUUUAAUCAAAAAGAGGUCGCUCUACGAAGAGACCUGCCCACCACCAUAUGUCAUUGAAGUGACAGAGAAGUGUAAAGAUUCUUGCUUGGACGAUGACUACUGCAUCGGAAAUCAAAUGUGUUGCUUUGAUGGCUGUUCGUAUGUCUGCAUGGAUCCUGUUCCCUCGGAACCAGGUAAUGUCAAAAAUUUAAGACAAAGGCCUUACCUUAAAGUUUAAAACAAAGUUUACAGCGAGUUUAAGCUUCACGUAUACGACAAACGGCAAACGUCAGAUUCAAGUUGAGAAUUUCUCAAAAUAGAAAAUGAGCAGAUAAAAACAGCCCCAAAACUAUUCUUAUGGAUAAAAAAUUGCUUGAAACUAUUAUUUUAUGUGUAGAAAUAAUGAACAGUAAACGACAAGUAUUGGGGAAACUUGGUCACGUGGUACAAAUUCGCGUUUGCCGUUUGACGUGAAAGUCAUGCUUACAGUCAAGCCAAGUCAAGCGUACCCCCCAAGAUUACAUUAUUCGAAAGUUGAAUCUGUUGGUAGUUGUAGAUUUCAGAUUCAUCUCUGCAUUCUUGCAUGCGUAAUGAGCCGUAAAUUCACACGCGAGGCAGUUACGAAAUUCCUACCAGCUCAGUAUCCCUGAAUUUGAUGUAAAUGUCUUCUAUGAAAUUUAACUCAUUCAAAGAUUUUCAAUCUGACUAAAUACAGAGAAGUUCUCGUAAAAUAUUCACUACUCAUUACGAAUGCAGGAAUGCCGAUUUGAAUUUGACACUAGUUACCGGAACGACUAAUGGAUUCGUUUUUCAAAUAAUCAAUUCAUAAAUAGAAUCUUGAGGGGUACGCUUGACCUGCCUUGACUCUAAACUCUUCUCAUUCUUUCUUCUAUAGCGCUUAACCCUUUAAGUGCCAAUAGUGACCAACAACAAUUUUCUCCUAACAAUAUCCAUACAUUGUCAAGAGAUAAAGUUAUGAGAAUUAAUAAAAUGAUCACCACAGAGAAAAUGCUUUGAUCUUUUAUCAAAUUCUCUCAACUAAUUGUUAAAGGAGAUGUAUAGAGAUCAGUUUGGAGAAUUUGUAUGUGGAUAUUGGGGCUUAAAGGGUAAAGGUAACGCGCAGCAGUGAUCACUUGUCUUAUGUCUGUCUUAUUAUCUUUUGCAGUUAUUGAUUGGAUCGAUGACAAGGAAGGCAGUACCCCAGGGCCCGAAGGUUCGUUAUACCUACACUUGACAGAAAACUUUUGCUUGAUGCUGAUGUAUUCUGUUUCUUUUGCGUAACUGUCUUUCGCUUAUUUCAAUUCUCAAUUCCUUUUUUAAAUAUUUCUCCUCUGCAGAACUCACUGGCAACAUAGAGGUUGUAACUCCCGUCAUCGAAGAACUAGGUAAGUUUGAAGGCUGAAAAAUGUGGACAANUAACUGUCUUUCGCUUAUUUCAAUUCUCAAUUCCUUUUUUAAAUAUUUCUCCUCUGCAGAACUCACUGGCAACAUAGAGGUUGUAACUCCCGUCAUCGAAGAACUAGGUAAGUUUGAAGGCUGAAAAAUGUGGACAACAUAUCUAAUUUAUUGACCUCGAAUGUUCUGAUAUUAUACCAUAUGGUUAAAUAUUUAACAACUAAUCCACAAGUGUGCGUUCGGUAUGAGCUGGUAGAUAGCCAACGAGGCGCGUUUUAUAAUCAUCUCAUAUCCAACAAGUACGAGUGGAAUAAUUGUUUUUAUUAAAAACGCCCACAAAAUAUCCAGAAUUCUUCCCGACUUUAUUUGUAAAAACAACCGAUUUUCAGCCUGUUUUUUAUUUUGAGCAGACGCGUACAGUUACCAUAUUUGGAGAGCAUGGUAUAAUGGCUCAUAUGCCAUGAUGGCUAAGCCAAUCGGAGCUCUAGAAUUACAUUAUCCAAUGAUUCAGUUUUUAAUGAAUGUCACUUAUUUUUGAAGGGUGCUUUUAUCAUGGAAUGAUGUUAAACGAUGGAGAAAGAAUUCCACUUGGCUGCAAAGUAUGGUGAGUGAUGUAUAUCAUUUGUUAACUCAUCUAGCCUGCGUAGCAGGCGCUUGGAAUAAAGAACGGGCGCGCGCGCGCGAGGAGACACGCGUGUUUCCCUCUCGCGUGCCCGUUCUUUCUUGCGUCCACUACUUCCAAGCGCCUGCUACGCUAGCUAUGACUCAUCAGGUAUUAGGGAACAGGGCCCGGUUCCUAAAAGGCCGAUAGGCACCAAUCCGAAAUUACAACGGUUCCGUUUUUUUAAUUUUACCUUGCUUUGUAUUGCUCAGAGCAACAUUUUGUGUUAUCAUUACCGUAUGUUGGAGUGAAGGCCCAACAGUAUUUUGUAAGCUUGAGUUGCAUGUUUAUAGGGAAGAAACCCUUAAUUAAAAUUUAGCAUUAUCCUGGGUUAAACUUAACCAUCUUUCGAGGAACCGGGCCCAGCUUUGUAACACAACGCUGAUCCUAUCACCCAUACUAUAGCCGUCAUCCCUCUGAACAUUAUUAUUAUUUUUUCUCCAUAGCUCUUGCUUUAACGGAAACCUAAUGUGUGAUGUCUCCAACUGCAACAAAGGUAAUCAUUUUACACUGUGGUCGCUUGCAAAUUUGGUGAAAUCUGGAAUCUGCGAAAUGUUUGCUUGUGGAAUCCGGAUUCCUAGGCUUUGGAAUCCGCAAUACAGCUCAAGGAAUCCGGAAUCCCACUAACGAAUUGAGUCAAGAAUCUAAGUUCGACUAACAAAAAAUCCAAAAUCCACAUGGAAUCUAAGACUGCCAUGAAGUCCCGUACAUUGAACGAGUAAGACUUGACGCUUUAUACCUUAGAUUAUCCCACGGUGGCUAAUUUUUAAGUUCACGAUUACCCUUGUCCCAUAAUUUUUUUCUUUCUUCUCAAACAAACUCGAGCGAGACGAAACGAAAGAACACCUUGCGAUCGUUGUCUUCAUUUUUGUCUUCCACUUUGAGGAUCUUUGUCACUGCCUAGCAGCUAAAGUUUGUUUGGGAGUGAAUAAAGUAAGUCUCUGGAAACAGCGUAGUUCAAGGUAAUUACGUCUGAAUUUGGCUUUUGAACUUUUUUCUCGCCCCAUGUAAGGGGGUCCAAGAAAGUCUUGGAUUUUGGAUUCCACACCAAAGAUUCUGGAUUCCAGGUACUUGAUUCUGGUCUUUGCCAGUGGAAAUGUAUUCCUCAUUUGGAUUCCGUAUUCCUUGCGCUUUAUUCCUGAUUCCAAAGUACAAGAUUCGGGAUUCCACUUGCAAAAACUUCCGGAUUCCGGAAUCCGAAUUCCUGAAAUGGGGCGACUCUUUUAAAACAAAAACGUUUAUUAAACAUGUUUAUCGUCUUUGAAAUUUGCAGAGUACCAGGCCCGUCUCGCUUUAGAGCUAAGCGGCUCGGGGUCUGGUGACGAUGAGGACGGUGAUGUUAAGGAAAACUUAAGAGAAGCAUCUGGGAAUGGAGAAGUGUAUCCGAUUACCGGCGGGCUUAGACACAAAGAGGACUUUACUUCUUUGGAAGAAUUCAGAGGGAAGAACACAAAUGGUGUGGAAAUGAAAGAGGAAUUUGUUCCUUUCGGGAAGGAGCACGGCUCGGAGGAGGAUAGCGGAGGCGGGGAAAGCGGAAGCGGAAGUGGAGAUCAUUUCGUCCCAUAUGACGAGGAAAAGAACAAUGGAAAAAGUGGCGAUAAUGUCGCUUCUUUCGCCAGAAGAAGGCUUUAGUAACCUGGUUACGCUCUCGUAGCGAGUGUCACUCAAAGAUGGGAAUCUUCCCUCCUAGCAAAUCACACUCCGCCGUUUAGGUUGGACUCAAGUAAAUGACAUAUCGAGGCAUCGCACUCAUCAGUGGAAUACCAUUUAGCAAGAGUGACAUGAAAUAUGACGGCAUAAAUGACUUCCCGUAGACAGAGAUAUAAUAUAACCUUAAUUGAAAUAGGUAAUUAAACAUUACGUUUAUGCCAGAUAAUUAACUGGCCAAACUGCCAUGAAAAUUGUCAAGAUCUCAUAAAUCAUUCUCACGUCACAAACAGGAGAUAAAGUGUAUGUUAGUGACCUAGAGGAACUUCAGUAAAGGAUGAACGCCGGUGAGAAUGACAGGAUGUUCCGUUGAAAUAAGUAAACAACAAAGUCAGACCUAAUGGACUGCUCACAGUCUCUCUUUUUGAUUUUCUCGUAAGGCCCGUCUAGUAAGUUAACUCCAUAAACACGUUAGAAAUUAGGAUGAUGGAAAAGUGAAAAGACAGGCUAUGUGUGUUUUGCGCGCCACUUGUUGCUUUUCUCCCAGUUUUUCACUUCCGUGUAUGAUAAGCUGUAAAAUAGUUUUAGUAGUGUAUACGAAAGUACAGAAUAUACGGAAUAUUUCGUACUAGAACAUUUGGUUUAUACCUUGUAGCUAUGAAAACAUGUGUAGCUUUCGUCAGUACCAUUUUCACAUGUACCGACUUUAUCACCCUUACAUAUAUACAUGUGCGACCACAUCCCAUAAGCGACAACUUAUCUAAAACACCAACAUUUUCCCAGUCGAAGCCCUACAGUUGAAACCUCUCGUAAACGUCUACCUCCUGAAAGCGAAGGCGACCACUUUUCGGCACUGACGGUUUAAUUAUUUUCUAUCGUUUUUAACUCCUUGUAAGCGAACACUUCACGCAUGAUCUGGUCUAGCUCUAUGUUUCCUCCAUGCACUGUGUUACUUAGAGAACACGCGAGAACACGAAGAUUUUUAACAACAACAUGGAACUAUACUUAUUUAAACUUAAAAAUUGCAUGGAAUGAAUUAUCUUAUAUAAAGUUGAUGUGACCAGAUCUCUUCUUGGUAGAGAGCCCCUGUGGUCCGAUUCUUCUUAGACCACCUCCCGUAAACGAACAGUUAGUCAUCGCAUUUUGGGUGAUCGCUUAAGGGAGGUUCAACUGUAUUCAAUUUAGUAAUUCCACACUCAUAUACAGAUCGUAUCAUAGUACCCGCGAAGGGGUAAAAUAAGAUAAGUUGAAACGGAACGAAUAAACAAAGUUUGUAUACGUGGUAUGUUUGUCAACACGUUACACACU